CAAUAUGAAGCAAUCAGUGAUUCAAAAUAAUCAGAUUUAGAAUAUUGAGUAAUUUUUCAACUAAGAAGGAAGUCAUGUGCUAAUAAUAUAGGACUCAUGCAAAAUCUCUCCAAAAUGAAUGGUAAGAAAAGGAUACAGUAUUAAAAUUGAGGGGCUAUUUUAGUGAUUCCGGCUCCCCGAGUUAUCUCUUUCCCAGAAUUUCUCAGUGACGCUUUCUUCUUCUUCUGCUCCGCCCUGCAACUCCACCAGUUGAGUCUAAUAAAGCAGCCACGGAUGGCGGUGCUCCUCCGCUCUUUACCAACCAUAGCCUUUCGCAGUAAACCUUCUUCUUUAAGACCUCGUCCUAUAUUGUACCUGAAUUUCUGCAACUCCUUUCAAUCAAGGCAAUCUCCCAGACGCAGCGUUUCAACCCUUCCUGUCUGUGCUUCUUCCACUGCUGCAACUUCUCCUUCUUCCCCUACUUCAACUGAAACAGUUGUUUCCCCUGCUCCAAAGCAGCAGAAUUUUUCAAUACCGCCACUUGAAUGGGUGAAUAGGACUGCUUUAUGCGGGGGAUUGUCUGAAAAUGAUGUGGGUAAAAGGGUCAGGCUUUGUGGCUGGGUUGCCCUUCAUCGUGUUCAUGGCGGCCUCACUUUCGUUAAUCUUCGAGACCAUACUGGUAUUGUUCAGAUUACAACGCUUCCUGAGCAGUUUCCUGAUGCUCAUUCAAUGGUUAAUGACUUGAGACUCGAGUACGUGGUUUCUGUGGAAGGUGUUGUUCGCCCUCGACCGAGUGAAUCAGUUAACAAGAAAAUGAAGACUGGUGCAGUUGAGGUGGCUGCAGAGCAUGUCAACGUCCUGAAUACUGUGAGACUCAAAUUGCCUUUUUUAGUUACUACUGCAGAUGAUGUGAAAGACUCUGUUAAGGAGGAAAUUCGCUUGAGAUACCGAUACCUUGAUUUGCGGCGUCUGCAAAUGAAUUCCAACAUGAUGUUGCGACAUCAAGUGGUAAAACUCAUUCGAAGGUACCUUGAAGAUGUGCAUGAUUUUGUGGAGAUUGAGACUCCGAUUUUGUCAAGGUCUACUCCUGAGGGUGCUCGAGAUUAUCUGGUUCCUUCAAGAAUUCAGCCAGGAACAUUUUAUGCCCUUCCCCAAAGUCCACAACUGUUCAAACAAAUGUUGAUGGUUUCCGGUUUCAAUAGAUACUAUCAAAUAGCCAGAUGUUUUAGGGACGAAGACCUAAGAGCAGAUAGACAACCUGAGUUCACGCAACUGGAUAUGGAAAUGGCCUUCACUCCUCUGGAGGACAUGUUGAAGCUUAAUGAAGACUUAAUUAGGAAGGUUUUCCUUGAGAUCAAAGGCAUCCAGCUACCAGACCCUUUCCCGAGGCUUACAUAUGCUGAAGCUAUGAGCUAUUAUGGUUCGGACAGGCCAGACACUCGAUUUGAUCUUCGAUUGCAUGAUGUAUCUGAAUUUUUCCCACACUCCUCCUUCAAGGUGUUUUCAGAUGCCCUGGAAAGGGGGGGAAUCAUUAAGGCCUUGUGCGUGCCAUCAGGAGCAGAAAAAUACUCAAAUUCUGCUUUAAAGAAAGGUGAUAUUUACAAAGAAGCAAUUAAAUCAGGAGCAAAGGGUUUACCUUUUGUAAAGGUGCUUGAAGAUGGAGGCAUUGAAGGGAUUGCCCCACUGGUAUCAAGUUUCGAUGACGAGAGAAGAAGCCAGUUUCUCAAAUGUUUGUCAGCAAAAUCUGGUGAUCUUAUAUUGUUUGCAGUUGGUCAACCAGCAUCAGUAAACAAAACCUUAGACCGUUUGAGGGUCUAUGUGGCCCAUGAGCUAGAACUAAUUGAUUCAUCCAGACACUCAAUUUUGUGGGUAACUGAUUUUCCGAUGUUCGAGUGGAAUGAUGCAGAAGAGAGGCUUGAGGCCUUGCAUCACCCGUUCACGGCUCCUAACCCUGAAGAUGUGAACGAUUUGGCCUCUGCCCGUGCAUUGGCUUAUGACAUGGUUUACAAUGGUGUUGAGAUUGGCGGAGGAAGUUUGAGGAUUUACAAGCGUGAAAUUCAAGAAAAAGUAUUGGAAAUCAUUGGCAUUACUCUUCAAGAGGCUGAAGCUAAGUUUGGCUAUCUCUUGGAAGCUCUGGACAUGGGUGCUCCUCCACAUGGAGGAAUUGCGUAUGGGUUGGAUAGAUUGGUUAUGCUGCUGGCCAACACUACUUCAAUCAGGGAUGUUAUUGCUUUCCCGAAAACUUCAACUGCACAAUGUGCCCUGACACAUGCGCCAUCAGAGGUCGAUACGCAGCAACUAAAAGAUCUUUCAUACCCAGGAUACCCUACAUCAACUUAAUUUCAUUAGAAGGCUUUGAUUACAGAGUUUCCAUUGGCGAGGAUCGUGUAACCUUUUAUUACUUGAGGAACUGUAGGACAUUUUUAACUUCCUCUGAACGGAUGGAGACUGGGUCAUACGGGUGAUAUGUUUUAUUUUUCCUAUAAAUGAAUAGUUGAAUACGCAGGCAAAUGAUUUUGGGUUUGGGAGGGCUUUAUUGGGUGAGGGUGAUCUUUGUUGGGUUGAUUGGAUGAAGUCUUGAUUUUAAGGAGCAAGUGGCGUUAUCAUAAAUGCUUUUAUUUUUAUUAUUUACUUACUUUUGACUAA